UCUUCAAAAAGUGCAGAUCGAUUAGUGGAUCAUGUCAUACGUAAUUGAGCUAGUUCAGUGUUUUUGCGAACGUUAAAGGGUGCGUGUCAAAGUGGUUGGUAUACAAUUACUUAUUUUGUGUUCAAAUUUACGAAUACUUUAGGCAAUGUUUUUUUGUGGUACGUUGCUAUGUAGCACGUAAAUGAAGCGACAGCGUAUAGCGCGGUCGCAUGUAAAAGAAUAUCGAUUGUAACGACGAUGAGAAUGGCGCGCAAAUGCUGCGUACGUAGCUGUGAAGCUGAUGUGCAAGAUGCGCGUGCUAAAGGGUUACCGCUUCACAAAUUUCCAAAAGAUGUUACUUUGAGAAACAAGUGGUUAACUAGUGGUGGAUUCGAAACGACUUUUAAACCUUCACCAGGUCAGGUUAUUUGUCACAAGCAUUUUAAACGAGCCGAUUACGAGGCUGUAAAAGGGCAUAAAUUUAUUCUACGCAAAGGCAGUGUUCCAUCGGUUUUUACAGACUAUGACAAUCAUCCGGAUCCUGUGAUUAUGUCUGUGAAAUCAUCAACUUCUUAUGCACAGGAAGAUUUAGAUCUUAUUAAUUCUGAAAUUCUGAAUUUAGAACAGUCUAUUUCUCCAAUGAGUUCUGGUUUAAAGACAUUAAAAUCUGAUAAAGAAACAUGUAUGUCUCAACCAAAGUUAUCAGUUGAUUCCUCUAAUUUACUAGAUUCAACAGAAUUAGUUGAUAAUGGAUGUAAGAAUUUAAAUAUAAAAGAAGAAAAUACUUAUCCUGUGACACGGGAAAUAAAUAAAAAUUCAGAAAUAGAAGUGAAUACUAUGGCGGUGCAGUUAGGUAUUGUUGAAUCUAACAUAGCAAUAAAACAUAUACAGAAAGAUUUAGUUAUUAAAGAGGAAGAACUGAAAGUGAAAAUGGAAGAUGAAAAAGUUUUUGAUAAACCGGAAGAAUUAAAACCAAAAAUUUUUAAUCGGGGAGGAUUAAAAUUUUUUCCUGGAGCUAAAUUAGAAGCAAAAGAUUUUAAUGAAAAAUGGUAUUCAGCAAAAGUAGUUGAAACUGAUUGGGACGAACGAGAAGUAUUGAUUCGUUUUGAUAAAUGGAGUUCAAAAUUUGAUGAAUGGAUACCUAUGGAUAGUUCAAGAUUACGUGUAUUGCAAACACAAUCAAAUGAACAAACCUGGAAUCUAUCAUCUUCGGAAACAAAAAUGAGAGACUUUUCAGUGGGGGAAAGGAUACUUGCUACAUGGGCUGACGGUAGAAAAUAUCCAGCUAAAGUAAAUGCCGUCUUAGGAAACGACAGAUAUGAUGUAUUAUUUGAUGAUGGAUAUACGAAGACAAUUAAAUCGUCAAAAAUGACAAAAAUCGCUACAACAGCUACAAAGCAAUCUGGUCAGACUGAAGAAUAUAUUGGAAGCAAACAAGAAAGAAGAGAUAAAAAAAGGAAGCAUACAGUGAUGGAAUUAUUUCAUACACAUUAUAGAAAACGUUCAAAAACUGAAACAGAUAAAUUAACAAAAAAAGAAGAAAUUAUAGUUAAUGAAAAUGUAGAAUGCUUUUCAGAAAGCAAAAUUGAUUUGGAUGGAACUUUAUUUGGGCCUUGUUAUGAUCCAGGCACAGAUUUAUUACGUGGAUUUGAUACUAAUGUAUCUAGAAUAAAAGCUCAUACUAAAAAAAAUAAGAAAGAAGUACCUAAAAAUGAUAUAGAGCAGGUAGAAGAUGUCGGUCCUGAAUGGAUAGAUGGAGAACCUCUAGGAACUGAAUCUUAUAUAGUCGAUGGAAAUGAUGGUCCACGUCGGUCAAUAAUAGUUGCAGACAAAAGAUUGCCACCUGGAUGGCAAAAACAUUUUACUCAGAGAAAAGCUGGGACGUCAGCUGGAAAGUGGGAUGUCUUAUUUCUUCAUAAAUCCAGUGGGAAAAAGUUUAGAUCAAAAAACGAUAUUAGAGCAUUUAUGGAAAAUCAAGGACAAUUUGAUUUUGAUCCAGAAAAAUUUGAUUUUUGUAUUCAUCGGAAAAAAAAAAAUCAAAAAGUAAAACAAGAUAUUGUUAUGGAUACUCCCAAAAAAAUUAAAACUUUAUUACCUAAAACAAAGGCAACAGUAAUUGAAAAUUCCUUACCUGUUUCCUCCAGUAUACCAGUUACAACUUUAGUAUCUACAUCAAAUACAGCUAUUAAAGAUGGUGGAUUAAUUUAUUCUGUCUUUAUUGGUGGACUUCGAGUAGAAAUGGAAGACAGUGCUUAUAAAUGUCCAAAACAAGGAUGUAGUAAAACAUUUAGAAAGGAAAAUCUUUUACAAAUGCAUAUAAAGCAUUAUCAUCCGGAAUAUUCAAAAUUUUUGGGAUGUACACCAAAUGUUGCAGAUUUAGCUUAUGCAAGAACAAUUGGAGAAUCUGUUGAAGAUAUUAUUCCAAAAAAAUCAAAUAAUUUAUUAGAGAAGUGUAAUAAAUUUUCAAAGAGAAAAUUUAUUCAAGAUAAAUCAUAUGUUUCAUCACCUGUAACAAAUGCUCAACCUACAUCACCAACAACUAUACCGACAGCAGUAGAAACGGAGGAUGAAGCAGACCAAAUAGAAAAAAGCAAUGAUAUACAAACAGAAGAUAUUAAAAUAGAAAGAAUGUCCCCGAAUUCUAAUCAUAGUUUAGAUAUGGAUGAUGAAACUGAGAAAAAACGAGAAGAUACAUGCGCAAUGUCACCUGGAACAUUAUUUGAUAUGAAAAUUAGAGAAGAAAAAACACAAAGUGGUAUUAAGACACUUCUUCCAAUAAGACCAGCCUUGUCUUCAGAAGCACAGCGAAUUGAUAGAUCAAAAUCUGUAGAUGAAGCUAUUCACAUCGAUAAAAUGAAAGGUCAAAGAAAACGACAAUUAUCAGAAUACAGCUCUGAUGCAUCAAACAGGGGUAAAAAACGACAUGGCGUUCAAGAAUUUUCAGAUGAAUAUGGCGAUUUAGAUGAUAGUAAUAUGGACAUAGAAGGGGGAGGAUCAAAUUCACUCAUAUAUAGAUAUAGUCGUAGAAAAUCAGAUUCAAGAAGUGACGAAAAUAGUCAAAGUAGUCAACUAAACGAUUCGCGUGUCGAAAAAGAUGAUCCCUUGAAAGGGAAUAUUGAUAAAAAAGAUACUAAUGAUGGGGAAGAGAAUGAAGGAGUUAUGAUGAUGAUUAAUGGUGAAAUGGUAAAAGUGGAACAACUUCGUAGAGAAGAAAUAAUAAAUUGUACUUGUGGGUUUAUGGAAGAAGAUGGUUUAAUGAUUCAGUGCGAUCUUUGUUUGUGUUGGCAACAUGGUCACUGUAAUGCAAUAGAAAAAGAAAAGGAUGUACCUGAAAAAUAUGUUUGUUUUAUUUGUCAGAAUCCAUACCGGCAACGGUUAUCUAAAAAAUAUUUUCAUGAUCAAGAUUGGAUAAAAGAGGGAAAAUUACCAACAUUAUCUAAUCGAACAAAAAAUCAACAUCGAGUUAAUCAAAGGACGGCUAUGUUAAAACGUUCUUAUGAUUUAGUUACUGCUCUUUUACAGAUACAGCAGGUUUUGCACAGUUUAAGAGUAAAGAUUAAUGUAGCUCAAAAAAAAGAUCAUCCAAAGUUAUACCUUUGGGCCAAGAAUUGGGAAAAAACAGAAGUACCAAAACCAAAUGUGACGCCAAUACCAAUAAUGGAGAUUAUGAAAUCAGGAAAAGAUUGCAUAGAUACAAGUGAAGGUGCUCAACAAAUUGAAGUAAAAACAGAAACAAAAUUCAAUUUAAAAGAUGAUCAGGAUGAAAAAUCAAUAGCCUCAGAUUCAGAAUUAAUGAAGAUAUUAGAGGAAGAUAAUAUAACUUCGGAUGAACCAAAAAUUAAUGGUAAAAAAGAUCUUAUACAUCAAAGUAAAAGUCAUAUACUUCUUGAUGCACUUACAAAAAAUGAUGCUUCAGAAGGAAAAUAUACGAAUUCAGAGAUGAAAACAAAUACAGACUUCCUAACCAACCAAUCAAAUAUGUCUGAGAAUAAUGUAUCAACCUCAACUAUAUCAGCAAAUCAUAUGCACGAAGAACUUAGUGAACACGAAAUAUCAGCUCCAUUGCAACCUUUUAUACCACAACCAGAAGCGCCAAUUGAUGCAGGAGAAUGUCGAAUGCGGUUAUUAGAACAUAUAGAACAUUUUCAACAUCAUAUAGAUGCAAAAUUAACAUUUAUUGAGGCAGAAGUUUGUGCUUUAGAAGCUAUGGAUCCCGAAGAUUCAUCUAUUUCAGAUGUUCAGCCACGAACUAAACAGACGGUUCAAAUGCUUGUUCGAGAUUUAAAUACAGUACGAAAAUUAGCUGCUUUGUGUUGAAUAUACAUUAUAUUUUUAGAAAAUAUUUAUAAAUAAAAUUCUAAAAAUAU